AUGAGCCCCAAAGCCCACUUUGUCCUCAUCUCCCCAGAUGUGCUGUGCAUCUACAAACGAGCCCCCCGCUCAAGCCAGCCCCUAGCGCAGACGGCGGAGAGCUGGAUGGAGCGCGCCUUGGCUCGCAGGCCUUGGCCGCAGCUCCUCCCGAAGAACCGGGGCGCCCACGCGAGAAUCUACCCAUCAGGUUCUCUCUUCAGGGAUGAAGUCACCGUCCACCUCCUCGUCUUCGAGGACCACCUGUUGAUGGCCAGCCGCCGCCAAGAGGACGCAGGAGUGCCGGCCCCCGGGCUCCCACCAGCACGCCACGCAGCCCCUGGCAGAGACCCCCACCCCGGAUCAGGACGACGGAAGCUGAAGAGGACCCCGCCCCGCCAGCCAGCUGCUGUCUUGACGAAAGGCUUGAACCAAUGCCCUAGUGAGGGGGCAUUGGCCCCCACCCCCGACCUCUGCUGUGCUUGUGCCUCUCGCUCUGAGUGCUUCCCUCACUUCGACGCCCCUUGCCCGGGGCUCUCCUGGCACAGCCAAGGUUCUCCAAGGCCUGUCUGCACUUGCUGUCUUCCCUCCUCACCUCCAUUUCCUCUUCAGCCCACUGCCUCCUGCCCUCUCUGCUCCGUCGGGCGGCUCUCGCUAAGGUCACCCUGCUGCGCAGCCCUCUGUCUCACGGGGCAGUUUGCUGUGCCGAGUCCACACCUGUGCCACCUGGCCCCGCCUGCCGCCUCAGCCACCUUUCACCUUCUUGCCUCUGGCCCUAAGUGUUCCCGCAGCCCGCCCUGCCCCUGCGCGCCGGGCUCUGCCCACCCCAGGCCAGCCCAGCCCCAAGCUCUUCCCGGCGGCAUUGCUCCUCGCCGUGAGCCACCUCCCUGCACCGAGAGCCAGGCCCCAGGGUUGACCCUCGGCUGGGUCGGCUGAAGAGCCGGAAGCAAGAGGCAGAAGAGCCCCCCACCCCCGAGGACCACCGCCCUGGACCGAGCCCUCCUUCUGGACGGCCCCCUGGCUCCUCCUGACUGGCCCGGCUCCUCCUCCCUGGUUUGGGCCGAAGCCGCCCCCGGACUCCUUCGUGGGAAGGGACCUCGGACGCCACCCCCGCCCCCAACCCCGCCCCUGAAGAACCCCUCCACAGCCACGGGGACGCCCUGCGCACACUCCCACGGGACAGGCUGGACCCAAAGACUCUGGACCUGGGCCGCCCCUGCGCGGACGGGCGUGCCCUCCUCGGCCUCCCCUGCAGUAGCCACCCACCCUCUGACCGAUGGACUUCACUGAUCCGAGGGCCAGACACGCGCGCUUGACCCCUUCCCGCCCUCACGAACCCCGAGACGUGGGCGUCCGGCUGCGCCUUCCACGUCUGCGGCCGUGAACGGGGCUCCCGCACCUACCUCACAGGGUUGUUGUGAGGAGCCUGUGUCACUCGCUCGGAUCGUGCCUGAGCUGGGGCGUGGCAUGCACCCCGUCGUGCUCUCAAUAAAUGUGUU